AUGGUUAGCUGGCCCCUGCUGCAGGACUCAGUGGUCUUUGAGGAUGUGGCCGUGGACUUCACCUUGGAGGAGUGGGCUUUGCUGGAUUCUGCUCAGAGGGAACUGUACAGAGAAGUGAUGCUGGAAAACUUGAAAAACCUGGCCUCAGUGGAUGAUGAGACUCAAUUUAAAACCAGUGGGUCAAUUUCUCAGCAGGAUGUUUAUGGGAAUAAAAUAUCCAAGGAACAUAAAAUAGCAAAGUUCACCAGAAAUGAUUCCUGGGCCUCUGUUUUAGGGGAAAUUUGGGAAGAAUUUAGCACUGAAGAUCACACAAAGCAGGGGAGACAUCUGAGAAAUCAUGUGGUGGAGAAACUCUCUGAAAGUAAUGAUCAGUGUGGGGAAGGCUCCAGUCAGAUUCCAAAUCAUAAUCUGUACCAGAAAACUCAUACUGGAGUAAAAGAGUAUGGAUGUAGUGCAUACGGAAAAGUCUUUGUGCCUCAUUCCUCCCUCAAGAGUCACGUCGCCGCACACACUGGACACAAACUGUAUCAGUGUCAGGAGUGUGGGCGGGCCUAUAGUUGUCGAUCACAACUACGAAUGCAUGUGAGGACCCACAACGGAGAGAGAACCUAUGCGUGUAAAUUAUGUGGAAAAACCUUUCCUCGUACUUCAUCCCUCAACCGGCAUAUAAGGAUCCAUACUGCCGAGAAGACUUACGAAUGUCAGCAGUGUGGGAAGGCCUUCAUUGAUUUCUCGAGUCUUACUAGUCAUGUGAGAACUCACACUGGAGAGAAGCCCUAUAAAUGUAAAGAAUGUGGGAAAGCCUUCAGUUAUUCCUCAACUUUUCGAAGGCACAUGAUAACACACACUGGAGAGAAGCCCUAUAAGUGUCAGGAAUGUGGGGAAGCCUUCAGCUAUUCCUCAACGUUUCGAAGACACAUGAUCUCACACACCGGGGAGACACCACAUAAAUGUAAGGAAUGUGGAGAAGCCUUUAGUUAUUCCUCAGCUUUUCGAAGGCACAUGAUAACACACACUGGAGAGAAGCCCUAUGAAUGUAAACAGUGUGGGAAAACCUUCAUUUACCUGCAGUCCUUCCGGAGACAUGAAAGGAUUCACACUGGAGAGAAGCCCUAUGAAUGCAAACAAUGUGGGAAAACCUUCAUUUACCCCCAGUCCUUCCGAAGACAUGAGAGGACUCAUGGUGGAGAGAAACCCUACGAAUGUAGCCAGUGUGGGAAAGCAUUCAGCCAUCCCUCAUCCUUUCGAGGACACAUGAGAGUGCACACUGGAGAGAAACCUUACGGAUGCAAUCAGUGUGGAAAAACUUUCAACUGGCCCAUAUCCUUGAGAAGACAUAUGAGGACACACACUGGAGAGAAACCUUAUGACUGUAAGGAGUGUGGGAGGGCCUUCAGUUGUUCCUCGUCCUUAAGAAGACAUGUACGAAUACACACCACAGACAGACACUGCCUAGGGGAUGCGGGAAAUUCUCCUGCAAAGGAAUUCAUGCCUCAUGUGUCAGGAAAUCCACACCAGGAGAGAAAUCUUAUCAAAGCUGUAAAUAUGGUGGAUGUCAUUGGGCCUCCACACCUCUAUUGGGACGUCAUGGUAGCCCCACCAGGCUGA